AUGCCGGUGCAAAAGCCGCAGCUGAAAAGCUUGAACUCUUCUCUAAGUGCGCCUUCACUUGGUAAGAAUGAAAGCAUGAACAUGCGUUCCACUACGGGCUCUCUGCCGACGAUCCCGUCUGUGGCACUAUACGCUACACCAUCCUACAGCUCUCUGUACUCGGACCCGGAGGACUUAGAGCCAGGGCCUGGCACCUAUGAGAUACCUCAUACCUUCGGCCGUCAACAGCUGUCCCAUCGGUUCUCGGAACCCUCUGCACCAUUGAUCGCGAAGCAUGGCAAGGCAUGGUCGAAGACAAUGAUCACUAAGGACCACUUGAUGGCCAUGAUGGCGCGUGACUCCCCUGCACCAGGCACCUACAUGCCACGAUUGGGCAAAUCUGAAGCCCGAGUGCGAUUUGGCACUGGGCAGAGACCUGAGCUCUGUGACACUCAUUUUCGCGCCCCUGGGCCGGUGUAUGAAGUUCGGGGAUCCCCUGACAACCCUCCACACCAUACCAGAUUUACCAAGGCAAAUCGUUUUGCCUUGGAUGACCGAAGUCUGGCCGAUUCUCUUGGUUCCACUGGACCAGGGCAGUAUGAGGUGAAAGGCUGCAUCGAUCCAACAAGGCAAGCCAGGUCCUUUGGUGCAUCACAUCGGGCCUACGACAAAGUGAGGUUCCCAGGAUCUGAAAAAGAGGGCCAGGGACGCUCGUCUCCUGGGCCCGGCCCCCCACUACCAUCAAGGUCUGGCAAAACUGUCUCAUUUUCAAGGGCUCAGCGCCUACCAGGCGAACGAGGCGACCGUGCUCCAGGCCCAGGUGCCUACGAGGUCCAUGACAAGCCGAAUCCAGACAUGAAGACACAGAGUGUCUACUCGUUUGGUAGACCCAGUGCUCGCAGCCGCAUGGAUUUCCGCACAAUGAAGAUGCUGCAAAGUAGCUCGCUUUGGGGCAUCAACUGA